AUGACGUGGGACCUCGACGCGUUCAUAUCCAAGCUAUAUGAGCGCGAACUGCUCCCAGAACAAGUAGUCAAGGAGCUCUGCGAAAAGACCAAAGAGGUCCUCGUCACUGAAAGCAAUGUGAAGGCUGUUGCUGCUCCUUGCACCCUCGUUGGAGAUGUCCAUGGACAAUUCUACGAUGUCCUCGAAAUCUUCAAAAUCGGAGGCUACUCGCCAAACACAAACUAUGUCUUUCUGGGCGACUAUGUGGAUCGAGGCUACUUUUCUGUCGAGACAAUCACCCUCUUGACGUGCUUGAAGCUGCGUUAUCCGAGUCGAGUUACCCUUGUCAGAGGAAACCAUGAAUGUAGAACAGUCACUCAGACGUAUGGAUUCUAUGCUGAAUGUAUACGCAAAUAUGGGAAUGCAAAUGUGUGGAGCUACUUUACAGACAUGUUUGAUUACUUGGUGCUCGCUGUCAUUAUUGAAGACGCCAUAUUUGGCGUUCAUGGAGGUCUCAGUCCGUCGAUACAUACUAUAGAUCAGAUUCGAAUCAUAGAUCGCUUUAGAGAAAUACCACACGAAGGGCCCAUGGCCGACCUCGUCUGGUCCGACCCUAUGGCCCCAACCUUCCCAGGCGGUCUCCCGGGCUCCGAAGAUAAAGGCGAUUUCGCAAUAUCACCACGCGGAGCCGGCUACGUAUUCGGCAAAGACGUGACCCGCAAAUUCCUCGAAAUAAACGGACUCGGCCACAUAUGUCGUGCCCACCAACUAUGCAUGGAGGGCUACCAAAUUCUCUACGACGACAUGCUAUCCACCGUAUGGUCUGCACCCAACUAUUGCUACAGAGCAGGCAAUAUGGCUAGUGUGUUGGAAAUAUCGCCGUAUUUGGAACGCUUUUUUAAUGUUUUCGGACCGUGUCCUGACCAGCAUCGGGAAUUGCCGAGUAGUAGAGAUGAAGGUGGACAGCCGACGUUGAGUAAUUUGCUUGGGUUGGAUGGGGAGGCGGAGACUGCGAGUAGUGGAUCGUCGUCCUCUGGUGUGUCGUCGAAUACGAGUAAUGGUGCUGUUAUGUCGAAUGGGAAUGGUGGCGGUGGGAAUGGUGAUUUGGCUAAUGCUAGACGACGAAGAAGGAAUUUUAGAACAGAGAAUGUCGUGGCUGCUGAUGGUAGUAGUGAAGCUGCUGGGAAUCCUAACAUCACCAAGGUUGUCAACGAGUACUUUCUUUAG